AUGCAGAAUAGUGCCGGUAAAUCUGGCACGGGCCAGUUUGGUGGCUCUCAUACCAACGGCCUCGAGGAUCACCUGCGAAACAUGAUUCUCACAAAUAGUACGCCGGCAACCGGCCUGGCUGAGGUUCCAAAUGCCCCGCAUACGAACACGCACUUUCCCGACGAUGGAAUCUCUAUGAACGGACCGAACGAUCAUCUCCACCCUCAAGGGGUUCUUCCGGGAGCCUCGGUUGGCAUCAAUGGCAAGCCACCACCUUCACCCAAAGUGGGCAGAAAGCGGCCGAACCAGGCGCAGAGACGCCAGAUGAAUGCUCAGUUGUCCAUUCCCAUUGAUCCUCGCCCCUCCCCGCCUACUGAGGCUGGACGACCAUACUCAGGCGGGCCCGAUCCCUCUUAUCAUCACGGGCAUCCUAAAUUCCAGCCUCCUCGAGGAGGAAGGGUUCAUCAUCACCCAGGACAGCACCAUGGUCCGGCCCACCUCGCAGGCGCCAUGUCACCUCACUCCCCCAGACAGAACGGACAUCAACAUCUCGCCAGCUCGGACCGAUACCAGCACGACCAGCACGCCAGUGGUCGACAAGAGCAUGGCUCACCGCGCUUUCCUCGGAACAACCAUGGCCAGCUCUAUAGCCCCCGUGGUCAACAUCACCCAGUCCGACCCGAGGAGCUGGAGAACCAGGCCUCCUACCUGGAGAGCCUCUGCAACACUCUCGUUGCUGGCGCAGAAAUUGAAAGGGGAGAAAUCGCUGAGAAAGAAGCCUUCCGGGUCAAGAUUGAACAAGCAUGUCGGGCCGCAGUAGCCGAGUACGAGGCAACACAGAAUGGCUUAGAGAACUUUCCCCCGCCGUCUGUGCAACUCAAGUGCUUCGGCAGCCUGUCCUCUGGGUUCGCGACGAAAGCGUCAGACAUGGAUCUUGGUCUGGUAUCACCCCUCUCUAUACCUCAACCGGAUGCUGUGGGGUCUGCAAUCCCCAGGCUCAUCGAGAAGGCUUUCCUCGAAAUGGGCCUCGGCGCACGGCUCCUGACCCGCACGAGAGUACCGAUCAUCAAGCUCUGUCAGAACCCUCCCGCAAAGUUGCUCAAGGACCUGCUAGAGGAGCGUGAAAAGUGGGAAAAGGGCAUCGUGGAUACCGACCAUGCAGAUGCCGCAGACGAAGACGAGACGGCAGACGCUCACGCCAGAGAAGCGACGGACGAGUCGAUAGACGAUGCGAUCAACCAGACGCCAGACGUUUCGUCUCCCACAGGCUCCAACUCGAAUGGGCCCAGAGUGCCCGCGAUUCGCCAGCCUGACAACCAGUCUCUGUCCGCUUACUAUAAUGUGGCGAAGCGGACUCUGAGAAGACUGGGAGGCCGGGAUGUUACUCUCUCCAACUGUCGAGAGCUGGUAGAAGAGGACUACGACCUCCUGAAUAGGGUUUGCGAGUCGUUCCUCAAGGGCCUCCGCGACCCGGAGCUGAGAAAAAGACUGUCAAACUACGCGUCUUUGUCUUUUAGGACAGUUCCCAAUGUACCCAACUACCGCUCACUGGCCGGUGUCUACGCUCAGAUGGAGGGCGAGAAGAUCGUCAUGCUCUGCGAGGCAGACGCCGCCAUCGGAAGUGCAGACGACACUGAAGACGCAGCUCGGAAUCUCAUCGCCUCGUGGAAGACCCUCCAGAACCAGCCGCACUUUGGCAUCGAGCCCCUCACGUACAGCAAGCACCUGCAGCUGCACCUGGAGAAGCUCAAGAAGCUCCCAACCGCGCAGCUACUGACCCUUGAACAGAGCCAGCACGAAGCAGCUACAGGGUACCACGCGAGAACCCUCAAGAUCCUCGCGAAUCUCCGCCCCCGGAGCGACAACGAGGCAACGGCUGCGAAGCAGCUCAUCAUUGAUAGAUAUGCGGCCGGCAUCUGGCCGAGUACCACCCGCACCCAAGUACGCGAGUUCAUCGACACCGCCAAUGAACCGCUCAGCCUCCUCGCCGUCGCGCGCCGGCACAAGAGCCUGCAACUCGCCCUGGAGCUCGGAAAAGCCGUCGAGCACCAACUGUACGACCCGAGCCUCGAGAGCGACAUAAGAGAAUACAUCUCGAUCCUCCGGAGUCCUAUGCGGAAGAGUAACGUCCAAGACCCCCAGUAUGACUACGUCAUCCCCGUUACGAAAUACAACAUCGAAACCAUCAAGCGCAUGCGCGACCUCAAGGACCCCGCCAAGAUGGCCGUUAACCAACCCCGCGACCCCUACCGCGACAAGCUCGAAUUCCCGAAGAGCGGCGUCGGCGUCCAGUGUGACAUCAACUUCGCUGCCCACCUCGCACUGCACAACACCCUCCUCCUGCGCUGUUACUCCCACACCGAUCCGCGUGUUCGCCCGCUAGUCCUCUUCGUUAAGCAUUGGGCUAAAGUCCGCGGCGUCAACACGCCCUACCGCGGCACCCUCAGCAGCUACGGCUACGUCCUGAUGAUGCUGCACUACCUCGUCAACGUCGUCCAGCCCUUCGUCUGCCCCAACCUCCAAGCCCUCGGACCCCCGCCGCCGCCCGAGGGACUGUCGCCCACGGUACAGCUCGACGAGAGCAUCAUAUGCCGGGGCCGCUUCGUUGGCUUCUGGCGCGACGAGGCCGAGAUCCUACGCCUCGCCCAGAUGAACCAGCUCAACGGCAACCGCGACUCCGUUGGCCAGCUCCUGCGCGGCUUCUUCGAGUACUACGCCCAAAACGGCUCCAUGAGCACCUACCCCGGCAGAGGAUACGACUGGGGUCGCGACGUCCUCAGCAUUCGCUCCCCCGGCGGCCUGCUCUCCAAGACGGAAAAGGGCUGGACCGGCGCCAAGACGGUCAUCGAGUACCGCCCCAACGCCGCCACCAACUCCGUGAACUCCCCCAGCACCGACGGCCCUACCUCCGGCUCCGCGCCGCCGCACAUGGCCCUCAAGUCCCCCAUCGACCCGCCCACCCCGACGACGAUGACGACCACCGCCACCUCCACCGACAGCGGCGCCAUCACGGCGGCGGCGCAGAAGAACGGCGAAGUCAAGGAGGUCCGCCACCGCUACCUCUUUGCGAUCGAGGACCCCUUUGAGCUGGACCACAACGUCGCGCGUACGGUCACGCACAACGGCAUCGUCGCCAUCCGCGACGAGUUCCGCCGCGCGUGGCGCAUCAUCAAGGCUGCUGGCUGUGGAAACUUCGGCGAGGAGCUUCUCCAGGACGUUGCGGCGGUCAAGGAGGAGGGCGAGAAGAGUACGUAUCUGCAGCUGCUGGACGAGAUCCAUGGGUGGGAAUUGUUUGAGUAG